AUGACGUCCACUAUCGACCAUUCAUCAGAGAACGUGUCUCAUAUUAAUGUACGUUUCGGUGGUACUUCACAUUCACUCGAUGUCGAGCCGCCACCUUCGAGUAAUCCACUACAGAUGGAACAUACGCACGAUGGUCAAAUUCCUGAGGAAACCAGUAUCACAUCCACUGCAAUAUCAUGCGAAGAACAAAAGCAUACCCAACCGCCGGAGGAAACUCAUCCAGUAGACGUCGAUGUGCCAUCUGCGUCCAACGAAAUUGAGAUAGAUAGUCAGGUCUCGCCUGAACCCAGUCUUGAUGGCCACCUGCUAGCAAACACAUCAGAACAAAACGAAACUGUACAGAACGUAGCAAAUGAGCAAAUCAAUUGCAACGAGCAAAGUGUGAAUAUGUAUGAAGAUGCUCGCUAUAUCUUAGGACAUCUGCAUGGUAUGAUCGAAGAUAUGAAACCAAUUUUAACGUCUCUACCAUCUUACAUUGAAGACAGAGAACACGCUCUGCAACAACCAGUUUCGUUUCCUACGGAUUUCGAAACCAAACUCGAAAUACCAGUGCGAACUCUGAUGGAUGUUUUUCGACACAUUGCCGAAAUCAUGCGUGAGAAUAAUCAGACGCAAAAUGCAACUCUUGACGCGAAACAAACAAACGAAACGGCCGAAAAACGAGUUUCAGCGCCCAGCGAAGAGAAUCAUGGCCAGUUGAAUGAACAAUUUCAAACCACCACAGAUGUAUCACCAUCUACUGUUCCAAAACCAAGUCUUUCAGAAUUAUUAUCAAACUUGCUACCAAUUCCAUCGGGAAAAAUUCUGUCCAAGCUAGAGCUUAAGGAAGAGCCAUUGGAAUUUUUGAAGGCGCGUUAUAUCAAGUGCUUAAGCAAGGGAGAACGGACUCCAAUUCAUUCAGAAAACAACCUUAAAGGAUUAACUGUGACAUGGUCGGAACUAACCAAACAUGAUGCGAAGAGUUUAUAUAUUGUUGCUCAAUUGUUAUCUUAUGAUGGCAAACCACAUCCAACAAAAGUUCUGAUACCACCGGAAACGACAAUUAAGCCAGAGUGCCUAGAAAAUAACACACGGCCAUCGCUUUCCGAUCUCGUCAUUAGCGCAGAGUACGGAUACAAUCCCAACAAUCAAAGCAUUCUCUAUCGCGUGACAGACGAAGAAUAUAACAAGUGUGAAAAGACAUUGGAAAUGUAUGUCUUUAAUCGUUAUCAAUGCGAUAAUACAAUAGACAAUACAAUUGAAAAACAGGUGCACAAACUGUGCAGACUAUUAGUUUGCAUUUGUUGUCUAACGAAGGAACAAACCUUAGAACAGAUAUCCGGGGUCAUCCAUUCGUCUUGGAUUGAAGAAAGUAAAGGUACGAAACGCUUAGCUGUUUUGGAAGAAGAGAUAUCUCCGAAAAAGCUUUGCCGAUGUGGCAGGGAUAUAAUACAGGUGCCGUUGAAUACCGAAAGUGAAAAAAACGGUUUGCUCGUGGAAGUUGACGGUCAACCUUUGAAAUUCCAUGAGUUUCGUGGCGUAACACACAAGAGAAUCCAAAUACCAUCGCGUCCUUAUGUCGAAAUGAGAAGUCUACACCUGACGGUUUUGAAGGAAAGCGUUUUGGAAACAGUUAAACUAGGCAAAAAUCCAUAUGAAUCGACUAGUCUUGAAAAACUCCAACUUCUCGAUACGGAUAUUGAUUAUGCAGAUGCUGAAACAGCUUGCGGUCACCGACAAAGUUGA